AUGCCCGCUGCGAAAAAACGAGCUUCGGAGCCUGUUUCGUCGUCUGAAAACGCAAAAAAAAUGAGCCCCGACGAGCCAAUUCAAUCAGAACCCAAGAAAUCGUUGUAUGUUAACAAUCUCAACGAUUCUGUAAAACUGCAUACACUACGCGAAAAUUUGUUUUUGAUCUUUUCGACGUUUGGCGAGGUGCUAGAGGUUAAAGUCUCAAAGGCAACGCGAGGACAGGCGUUUGUGGUGCUUAAAAGCAUUCAGGAGGCCAACCUAGCCAUGAUUUCAUUACAGCAUGAAUCGUUUUUUGGGAAACCUUUACGGAUAGCCUUUGCACGCACAGAUUCCAACUUGGUUAAGCCUUAA